ACAUCCAUGGACACUUGCCGCUUGCCGCUCGAGGCAUUGGUUCGGACUUGGGACUGGAUGACGGUUGUCAAGUAUUCCGGGAUGCAGAAGCACUGGCCAGGGGAUUAAGUUCUGAAUCUACGUUACCGCUGCGUAUAUAACGUGGCGUUAUGCCAUCGCUAUGCCAGAACUAGUGGAGGCAGCUAGCCUGUCCUAACCUGCCCCUUCGAUGCGUUUGUUCUUGUCCCAGCUGGGCUCCCUAGACGGGACACUUGGCGGAAUAGUCAUUGCUGAGAUUCUGGUAGCGGUGCUAUAUGGUAUCGCCAGCAUCCAGGUUUAUGUCUACUUUCACUACAACCUUAAUGAUAGCCCACUCGUCAAACGAACUAUAUUCUCCCUAUGGAUUCUCAGCAGCCUCUAUCUGGUGCUCGCUUCCCAUGCAGUCUACUAUUAUGUCGUGACAAACUCCAUGAACCCAUCUGUUGUGACAAAGUACCCGUGGAGCCUCGUGGCUGAUUUGUUUGUCGGUGACUUGAUUGAGGUCACUGUGAGCCUUAUUUUCACGUACAAGAUCUAUAGACUCAACAGAUGCAUAUGGUCGGUAAUAUUCAUCGUACUGCCCCAGGUCAUCAGCUUCAUUGGAGCUAUUGCCAAUGGCAUAUUGGACGAGAAAUUCCCUGGUGGGAUAAGUGCUCAAGGCCUGAAACUUGAUUGGUUGUGGUGUGCUAUGUUUGGCCUUCAAGCUGUUACCGACUGCGCCAUCGCAGCAACUCUCUGUACAAUCCUCGUAAAACGUCGCACAGGCUUCAAGAGAACUAACUCGCUCAUUCGUGUCCUUCUUCUAUAUAGCAUUGGCACUUUCGCGUUGACGAGCUCCAUUUCCAUUGCAUCUGUCGUCACGUACAUAACGAUACCUCACAACUACACGUACAUUGCACUUGCCAUGGUGCUCCCAAAAUUGAUGUACAACUCUCUACUUGCAUUGCUCAACUCACGCGACACGCUACGCAAUAUGUACAUCGGCCAGAUCAUGUCCGUCCACCCCUCGGACUUCACAUGAACAAUCCAUGACUGAGGUCUUCAACCAGCGCAUGUCGAGGACGAAGAGACCGGUAAUCAGGUGCGUU